UGGAAACGCCAAUACGCCAUAAAUGGCGGAAGUGGAGUAGAUCAGGCUUUGCAGAAUCGGGUUCCAAUGUGAAUCAGCUCUUUCGUUAUCGAGUCUGAGAUACAUAUUCUCCCCCUCCACCUAUGAUCACGAGUGUGGGGUAGUUGGAUCCAAGGAUACAUGUGAUCAUCAUUUUAUAUACGGAGUACUAAUGAGAUUGGUGAGAGGCAUAAGUAAUUAGGCAAACAAUCAUUAACAGACUACGGAGAAUCACUAUUUUGGAAAAUUGUUGGUGUACACCCUAAUUGCCGUUCAUACAGAUAAAAAACGCACAAAUACAGACACUUUUGGGAAAACUGUCGGUGUGAAGAUUAAUAUGAUUUUUUUUAUAUGAAAUUUUAAUCCAGGAGCUAACCUUGAUUCUAAUUGAUUUAUUAUCUUUAUGCUUUCAAAAGCAGCACUGUUUUUGUCCCAAGAAAAGAAGUCCAAGGAAUUUGGCACAAAAUAAUUUUAAAAUAUGUUAAAAAGGGUCCAUUGACACAAUGGUAUGUCAUGGAAGAGGUGUGGCAGGGCUUUAAGGGAUAAUUCAACACAGACUAUAAAAACCAACAAAGAUAACCUUUUAUAAUGGGAUCUUGAAACUUUAUAUGAUAUCAUAAUCAAGCCGGUUGUGAUUCCUUCAUUUGUUUAGAACCCAUAAUUUAGAGUAACUGUUUAAGAUAUGUUUGACUCAUUUAUUCAAUUUCAUGUUUAUAUAACUGCUUUAGACCAAGAGCAUGUGAAGUGAUUGUCCCAAAACCAGAAGCUAUAAAAUAUUCAACCAAAUAUACAAAAUAAUGCUAACUGAAAUCCCAUUAUUUAUGGGGUUGGGAUAAGAGAACAAAUCGACAAAACAAACAUUUGCUGCAGAAAUGAGAACUUCAUGUUACAGCAUUCCAACCAUUAAUUCUCUCUUUAGUUAAUAAUUAUGAAAAUGCAGGUGCAGGCAUGGAUACUUCCAUGUUGUGAACAAUGACUAUACUCAUUGGGAAAUGUAUGCAAUUGGAGGGAGUGCUAAUCCCACCAUCAACAGCCAGGGAAACAGAUUCUUAGCUCCAGAUGACAAAUUCAGCAAAGAGGUAACAAAGCAUGAGGAUGCAGGAGAGGGUGAAUGGGAGAACUGGAACUGGAGAACAGAGGGGGAUUUGAUGAUGAAUGGCGCUUUCUUCAGGAGUUCAGGAGCUGAAUCUUCUUCGAGUUAUGCUAGAGCAUCUAGUUUAAGCGCUCGCCCUUCUUCCCUCAUCUCCUCCCUCACUCAAUCCGCCGGCGCUCUUUCCUGCCGCCGCGGCAAAACUUGUGACUGACACCAAAAUUAUAUCAAUGAAAUCCCGU